AUGGCAACUGAAAUGAAAGAUCAUACAGAUAUAAGUCUCAAAAAGUUAAAACGAUAUAUGAUUCAUGUACAAAGACUCGUGGAUGAUUUCAGUGACCAAUUACCAUUUGUAACAAUAUGUCUAUUGGAUUGUUAUCGAGUCUACUGUCUUCGUAAUCCUAACUUAGCGAAAUUCACUGCAAAAAAUCCCCGUUCAGAAAUCUGUGAAGUUCGCGAUCAGAAAAAGAUUGUUAACGCUGGAUCGUUGAUUGGAUUUGCCUGUGCACCUGGAACUCAAGCAGAUGACAAUGAAAAACAAGCAAAUGGCUUAUAUACGAAGCAUCUUCUGGAACAUAUUGUUAAGCCUAAUCGAGAUAUUAUAAAGGUAUUGCAUGCUGUUACCCGAGCAGUGAAAGCAGAAUCAAAUUCAAGACAGGUACCAUAUUAUACUGGUUCGUUGGAAACAGAAGAUGAUAUUUGUUUGUAUGGAAAAACCUCAGGUACGUAG